UACCAAAUUAUUUAAAAAUUAAAAAAUGGCUAAAGCAAAUGAAACUCAAGUUCCUACUGAAACUGAACAGAAUAAUUUAAAAAUCUUUGAUAAAGUUUCUAAUUCAGUAAAUAUUAACCAUAAAAAUUGUUCUUAUUGCAAUAAACCAUUUACUGAAGAAUUAUGGUGUAAAGAAUGUGAUCCUCGUCGUAUGAUUGAAGGUUGGACCAGCGGAAAUAAUGACGUUGAUAAAUUUAUCAAAGAUACCAUCUAUGAUGUAAAUAAAAAGACAGAUUAUAAAGUUAAAUUUCUUGAAUGGGCGCCAUUUGAUAGGUUUGAAGAUGUAAAGGAAAUUGGUGUAGGAGGAUUCGCAAAAGUGUAUUCCGCAACAUGGAUUGAUGGUAAAGCAGUACACUAUAAUAUACAAGAUUUAAGUUGGAAAAAAACAAAACCUAAACCUAUCAAAGUUGCUUUGAAAAGAUUAAAUGGAUCAGAGAAUAUGUCGGCUGAAUAUUUAAAUGAGCUUAAAAUACAUUGGAAUCUUUAUAAAGAAGGUGGUAAUACUUCAAUAGCAUUCUAUGGAAUGACCAAAGAUCCUGAAACUGAAGAAUUUAUGAUGAUUUUACAAUUUGCAGAUGAAGGAAAUUUGAGAAGUGUUCUUUCACAUAAUUUCAAAAACAUUUUAUGGACAGAUAAGAUAAAAUAUUUAUAUUGGUUAAUAUAUGGUCUUAAAGAUUUACAUGAUUUAGGAUAUUUUCACAAAGAUUUUCAUAGUGGAAAUAUAUUACGAGUAGAUGAACGUCAAACUUCUAUUUCAGACUUUGGAUUAUCUGGACCAUCAAAUAAACAAAAAUCAGAUGAUAAAAUAUGUGGGGUGUUACCAUAUAUUGCCCCAGAAGUUUUAAAUGGAGAACCAUAUACAUAUCUUCAGAUAUUUAUAGUUUUGGUAUAAUUAUGACAGAAUUAUCAUCUGGAAAGCCACCAUUUUAUGACAAAAAGCAUGAUUUAAGUCUAGCAUUGG